ACGCUGGGCGGGCAUUGUGAAGCAGUAGUUGAGUGUUAGCAGGCUAACUAGAGAAAGAAAGCUAACUAAUCGUAAGAGUGGAAGUGGAGCUAACGUUAAAGGAAAAAGGGAACUGUCAAAAAAAACAGCGAGGGGGAGCAGAAAUUCCAGUGAAGUGAUAAUUUCGUUAGUUGACUACAUGAACAGAUGUGUUAGUUAAUGAAAAGACCGUGUUUGUCCGAUGCCCGAGGAGCAUUUUGGAUACUACAUCGAUUGUCCCAAUCCAAAACGGAAACCAUUUCUGGAUAGACAGUCCGUGCUAGCUAGCUAGCUGGCUAAGUGAAUCAUCCAGGAGACUUUUCAUUGUCACCUAUAAACCCAAACUGAAUGUUUUGUCUGUCAUGAGUCCGGCCGGGUGCUCCCAUGUGAACGGUUAUAAGGUGGACAAUUGGAAACAAAAUCUUCGAGUCAUAUACCAAUGCUUUGUUUGGAGUGGUACUGCUGAGACGAGGAGACGCAAGGUGCUUCAGAGUGAUGCAGGAUGGACAGAGCUGGCCAAGUCGUGUAUCUGUCACAUGUGUGGCGCACACCUGAACCGGCUCCACUCUUGUCUCUACUGCGUCUUUUUCGGCUGUUUUACGAAGAAACACAUCCACGAGCACGCGAAAAACAAGAGACACAAUCUAGCGAUAGACUUAUUAUACGGCGGAAUAUAUUGUUUUGUGUGUCAAGACUACAUAUACGACAAAGACAUGGAGCAGAUUGCCAAAGAGGAACAGAGGAAAGCCUGGAAAUUGCAAGGCAUAGGCGAGAAAUACACAACAUGGGAGCCGACCAAGAGGGAGCUAGAAUUAUUACGACACAAUCCAAAGCGGAGGAAAAUCACUACAAACUGUACCAUAGGUUUACGAGGGUUAAUAAACCUGGGCAACACAUGUUUCAUGAACUGUAUUGUUCAGGCCCUAACACACACACCACUGCUGCGAGACUUCUUUCUCUCUGACAGACACAAGUGCGAGAUGCAAUCAAACUCCUGUCUGGUGUGUGAGAUGUCGCAGCUCUUUCAGGAGGCCUCCAUCCACACCUUUUUCGGGCCCCUCACUCGGGGAGAUGCGCAGCACACGUCAAACGACACAGCCACCCUGGUCCGCGUCACAACCUCACCCAGACUCGCCUUCGCAGAACCCUCUCGCUGCAGGUUUACGCGGCCCGAGCAUCUAGGAAGCAGUGCCAAAAUCAAGUGCGGCGGUUGCCAUAGUUACCAGGAGUCCACCAAACAGCUGACAAUGAAGAAGCUCCCCAUCGUAGCAUGUUUCCAUCUCAAACGGUUUGAGCACUCUGCUAAACUGCGGAGGAAGAUCACUACAUAUGUUUCCUUCCCUCUAGAGUUGGACAUGACGCCCUUCAUGGCAUCCAGUAAAGAAAGCAGAAUGAACGGGCAGUAUCAACAGACGGUUGAUGUAUUAAACAACGACAAUAAGUAUUCCUUGUUUGCGGUGGUCAACCACCAAGGCACAUUAGAGAGUGGCCACUACACCAGCUUCAUCCGCCAGCACAAGGACCAGUGGUUCAAAUGUGAUGAUGCCAUAAUCACCAAGGCCAGCAUUAAGGAUGUACUCGAUAGUGAAGGGUAUCUCUUAUUCUACCAUAAACAGUUCCUUGAGUACGAGUAGUCUUUGUGACCACUGACCAUGAAGAACCACUGCUUCUAAUACGAGAGUCAGGGGACUGGGGAUAGGAUGAAACACAAACACACAAACCUACCUGAAACUCUUUGACUUAAUAGUCUGCUCCUCCAGAGGACAAACAUAAAAAAUAAAAGACGUGUGAAAUCAUGCAACCUUUCAAAAAAAAAAAAAAAAAAAAAAAAA